CUUCAUGUAUUAGCAAUACCACAAACGAACAAAGUUGCUGAUUGGGGAACCCGCCGAUUCCGAUCCAUUUUCCUCCAUGGCUAUAGCGACCUCCAGCUUCACCUUCAUCGCUUCUUCGUACUCUUCUCAGUCUCCAUUUCUCUGCCGGUCUAGGUUCUCGGAGUCGGAGUUCGUUGGUCAUGUCUCUCACCGUGGCUCUGGAGCUGAUAGGCUGACUUUCUUGAGGAAAUGGAAUAUCCUGAGUGCAUCAACCAAUCGUUUGAAUGCUGUCAGUCCAACAUCAUUGCUAUUUGAUCAAGAAAAUGUGCCAAUGCCCAUAGUUCACAUAGACCAGGAUUCAGACCCCAGUGCAACAAUUGUGGAAGUCAGUUUUGGUGAUCGCCUUGGAGCUCUUAUUGAUACGAUGAGAGCAUUAAAAGAUUUGGGUUUGGAUGUGGCAAAGGGAACUGUUAACACAGAGGGAUCAGUAAAGCAAACGAAGUUUUAUCUGACAAGACUAGACUCGGGCCGUAAAGUAGAAGAUCCUGAUUUGUUGGAGAGCAUUCGCUUAACCAUCAUCAACAAUCUUUUGAAGUAUCACCCAGAAUCUAGUCAAAAGCUUGCAAUGGGUGAGGCUUUUGGAAUUCAACCUCCAGAGAAGAAGCUUGAUAUUGAUAUUGCAACUCAUGUUCACGUGAAAGCUGAUGGACCUAAAAGAAGCCUACUAUGUUUGGAGACAGCAGACCGACCUGGACUGCUGCUUGAAGUUAUAAAAAUUCUUGCUGAUAUCAACGUUGAGGUCGAAUCGGCAGAGAUAGAUACCGAAGGAUUGGUCGCCAAGGACAAGUUUCAUGUCAGUUACGGGGGAGCUGCGCUCAAUAGUUCCUUGUCUCAGGUAGUGGUAAAUUGUCUUCGUUACUACCUGCGAAGGCCCGAGACAGACAUAGAUAGUUACUAAGAUCUCGAGGAACCAUCAUCACAAUGUAAGCUGUGAAACUGUCAUGGGAUCCUUUGUUUGUGAGCUUUCUCAUCAUUUCUAAAAUUUUCUAUUUCGAAAUUUCGAACUCUCUGAUGCAUUCUGGGAUAUGCCUUUGGUGAGAAUAAUGCCUAAUUAACUCAAACCUUGUUCACGCUCAAACCAUAAAUUUACUUGUAUAGAGUUGAAGAAUCAGAUGUUGUCUCACAACAAUGCAAAUCUUCCAUGUCUGUUGUAUCUGUUGAAAACCGAGCUUCGAGGUAACAAAUCUUUUCAGGUUUAAAUAUAUUGUAUUUUACGUUUUCAGUAUAGUAAUAACUUGCAGAGAUAUUGCUUAUAUGUUUCUAAAAUUUAUAAAAGGGACGUUAA